CAUAGAUAAGUAUCGAUUUGUGAGUCAAUUGUGAGCAUGGCUCCAUCAACUAAAGCACUCCUAUUCUCAGCUCUCUCCAUCUUCCAAUUACUCCACCUCUCCGCCGCACAAGCCGCCGUGAAUGGCGGCUACUGGUUCCCGGAGAGCGGCUUCCCAGCCGCAAACAUAAACUCCACUCUCUUCACCCACCUCUUCUGCGCAUUCGCCAACCUCGACCCUUCAACCUAUCAAGUCACGGUCUCCUCCUCCAACACCGCCUCCUUCUCUCAGUUCACCGCAACGGUCCAGUCCAAAAACUCCGCCGUGAAAACCCUCCUCUCCAUCGGCGGCGGGAGCGCCAACCGCACCGUCUUCUCCAACAUGGCGAGCCAGCCCGCCUCGCGCACCUCCUUCAUCAACUCCUCGAUCAAACUGGCCCGCUCCUACGGCUUCUGGGGCGUCGAUCUCGACUGGGAGUAUCCGCAGACCUCCGCCGACAUGACGAAUAUGGGAACCCUAAUUUCGGAGUGGCGCCGCGCCAUCGCCGCCGACGCGCAGGCCUCGGGGAAGCCCCCGCUGCUGCUGACGGCGGCGUUCUACUUCUCGCCCAACCUCAACGGCCUGAUUUACCCGGCGCAGUCGAUCAACGCGAGUUUGGAUUGGGUGAAUGUGAUGGCCUACGACUUCUACGAUCCGUCGUGGUACAGGUUCACCAACUCGCAUUCCAUGCUGUACGAUCCGUCGGGGCAGGUGAGCGGCAGCGCCGGCAUCUCGGCUUGGAUUCAGGCCGGCGUGAGCGCCAAGAAAUUAGCUCUGGGCGUGCCGUUCUACGGUUACGCUUGGCUCCUGGCGAAUGCGAACAAUCACGGCGUCUUGGCGCCGGCCACGGGGCCCGCGGGGCCGGAUAGCGGCGCCAUGGGGUAUAACCAGAUUCGGAGCUUCAUCGCGCAGAAUAAUGCGCCGGUGGUGUAUAAUGCGACUAUCGUGACCAAUUAUUGUUACUCGGGAACUACUUGGAUCGGCUACGAUGAUACUCAAUCCAUUGCUGCCAAGGUUUCGUAUGCUAAGCAGCGAGGGCUGCUUGGCUACUUUGCGUGGCACGUGGGAGUUGAUAACAAUUGGGCUCUCUCUACACAAGCUAAACAGUCGUGGGGAGCUUAGGAGGUCGGCAACUAGUUUAGUAUGGAUAUGGAUAUGGAUAAAAUGAUGCAUGGAAUGAUGGAAGUUUGUAUACUCCUCUUUGGGAAAUAAUUAAGAAGAAUAAUAAAUAAAUAAAAAGAGGUAUUUUUAUUUAUCCAA